AUGAUAGCUGUUGUUAGGAAGGCAGGAUCCACGAUUCACGAGUCAAGUUCGGUGGGGCUCAGUCUGGGUCAGUAGAGUGCCGGACUCGAAUGUGUCAUCAGGUCAAUGUGCUAUACAUUAAAAUCAAGACGUUAUGAUUUCAAAACUAUCAAGAAUUUCGUUCAUUUGCAUUGCUAUCUUUCUCAUUCCGAGAAACAUAGCUGUUGUUCAUCAACCACAAACAUUUUCAUCAACAGAUUCGUCUACGGUUGACCCUGGGCAAGAACCUCCCGAAGGUUAUUAUGCUUUUAUCGAAGCUCCCAGAAUGGAACCGCCUAAAGUCCGUUCUCCACCUUACUUCAAAUCUAACAAAUUGUGUCCAGGGGUCAACAAGAAUCCAUCAGCAAAAACAUUGAAUAAUCUAUGCGGAGAUCUCAAUAAAGGGUUUUUGCCAGUAAACCCAAUGAAACAAAACGUUUUAGGAUCACCAUACCCGUUUGAGUUAGUGAAGAAUAAAACAUUAGAAUUCUUCAGCAGAACAUUGCCAAUACUCAAAGCGGACGAAACUAUACCAAAAGUAGCCAAAUAUGUGCCACCUGAAUCGUAUUACCAAAGUAGUACGACCCAAAAAUACUUACAAGGAAAACCUUUUCGGCGAAGAGCUAAGUUCACCAAUACAGAUUCUCUUGAUGAUGUAAACAUGGACGACGACGAAGAUGUUCCUAUAAAUUCUCAAAAUAGUACUAGACAUUCAAGAAAGUUUUGUGACACCAGCGGUGGAGUAUUUUGCAUGCUCUAUAAAGUAAUACAAGGACAAGCACUGUCCGGACUUAUGGCUCAACGACGAACCGAACAAUUAGAAUAUAGAACACGUGACCCGGCUCAUGCUGCCGGUAAUGUUAUGGAUGGGCCACCCACUCCCUGUCCGGCCAAAGUAGAAUACGCUACACCAGUAUUUGCGCGGAACUACCAGGGUAUGUGGCGAUAUGUAGUGCAAAUUCCGUACGAAGGAUAUUUUACCCAGACCGUAGAGGUGACUAAGUGCACUCAAACUAAAUGUCAUUACAUUGAGGGAGGAUGUCUGUCAUCACCGAGAUGGGUAAGCCUGUUGGUUGCAGAGGUUUACUACCCAGACACGUAUUUACCAUCUGCUUCUAACAAUCGAAGAUUGCCAGUACCACCACCACAACAAGGUAUGUACAAAACACAGGCACAAGGUGAUGAUCCACCUUCAGUACAAGACUUUCAAAACUACCAGCAAUAUUUACAUAAACGUGCUACUCAAGGUGCUCCUGACCCUUUGCCCUCCCAAUCAUCUACUUCGACAUCGAAGAAAAAGCCACAUUGUGACGGUAUUGACGAACUCGGAUGUUUUCAAGUGAGACUUUACUAUGACUGGUUUUUGAUUCCUGGAAGUUGCAAAUGCUGGAGACCAGAUUAUUUUGCAAGAUAUGUAAAAAGAAAAUCAACAUCGCCUGAACUGUAAAAGCGUUUUUAUUUAAAUUAGAUGAAUAUGUAAAUACGAAUUUAUACGUUAGUUGUAUAUUAUUAUAAUUAAUAAUUAAUAUUGUAUUUUAUAGUUUAUACUAUUUAAGACUCAAUAGAUAAGUAUAAAAACGACUUAUAUAUAAAGGAUAAGCAGAAUCCUUUAAAAAUUGAUUUGUUUUAAUUAUAUAAAUAUGAGAUUUUAAAAAUUCUUAAAUCAAAUAUUCAUUUAAGGAUUUUUUAAAUCCACUGUCCAUAUUUUGACUUUGAAUUUUUAAAUUCCAAUGAUUUUAAAACAUGCUCAAUUUUGGACACAUAAUAUUAUAAACUAUAAAGAAAUUAAAUAUUGUAUUUUAUGUAUAGGGAUAUAUAUAAUAUAUAAGGAUAUAUUCUUAUACUUACAAGGAUAUUAAGUUGACUUUAUUUUAUAGAGGGGGGACUGACAUUAUUUAAAAAAUAGGUUUAUUUACAAAACCAAAGACAACUCCCUCCAUCUUCGGAACAUUAUUCAUUUUUCUGAAAGGGCAAACCCGAAUCCCUCCGAUCACUGAAUAAUAUGUGUAUUUUUUAGGUAAAAAAACGCAUGUAGAAUGUAUAGAAAUAUUAUAAUAUAAAUAAAUUGUACAAUCUAAUCUAGAG